GGAUCAAGAAUAGCGAGCGAUCUGAUUCCACCUGCAGCUGUAUAGAGAUUGGUCCCCCUGUCGUCUCCUUACAAUCGUAACCUGUUAACGUUCCUGUCUUAAGUGACAAAAUGAGCGACCGCUAUCUAGAACAAAGGAUUAGUAUAAAAUUUUGCGUGAAAUUGAACAAGUCUGCAAGUGAGACCCACCAUCUUUUAAAAGAAGCGUACGGGAAUGAAGUCAUGUCUAGGGCCAGAGUUUUUGACUGGCACAAAAGGUUUAAAGAAGGGCGGGAAGAUGUUCGAGAUGAUGCCCGAAGUGGCCGUCCAGUUACCCACCGGACAGAUGAAAAUAUCCAGAAGGUCAAGGACUUGGUUUGUUCAAACAGGCAGUUAACAGUGAGGAUGAUGGCUGAAGAGUUAAAUUUAGAUAAAGAAACUGUUAGACUCAUUCUGAAAGAAAACUUGAACAUGAGAAAAGUUUCUGCCAAAGUUAUAUCCGCUAUUUUGAAGGAUGACCCUAUACCUCGAAAACUGGACUUUUGUUCUGAUCUCUCCAAAGAAACUAGGAAAAAUAGCUUGUAUGAGAAGAAAAAAGUAACAGGUUCUGAAACAUGGAGUCAUCUUCAGUGUGAAGCUGGUGGGGAAAUGCAUCUGCCUGUAUCCCAUCUCAGAAUCCACUGCCCCGCCAGCCAGCUUCUGCAGGCCUCAUCUUCAACAAGCCUCCCCACCAGGGCAGCUCAGGAUUGGUUCACACCUUGGUGAAAGGACUGUGAGGGAGCUGAACCUGAGUUAGAAAGCUGCCUCACUGUUAGGCACCUUCAUUUGCUGCUGGUGUAUUGUCAGUCAUCUCUAUCAUCCCUCUCUGCACAUCAUGGCUCUACUAGUUGCUCUGCUGGACUGCUUGGCCAUAUCUUCCUUGCUGUUCUCCACAACUUUGAAGAACCUCUGGCUGUUGACUUCUGGUUCUUGCUUGUUCUUUAUUUCUUUUGCUUGACAAGUUUGGAUCUCUUCACUGCCCAGACCUUAAAUUGUUGUGGCUGUCCUGUUCCUAUGUUCUCAACAUUCUGCCUCAGGGGAUCAUACCAGUGAGAGGUGGGAACAGGACCUCCUGGAGUCUGUAUCUCUGUGCCCAGGGAGGCAUACUCUUCUGGGAGGACCCCAAGAGAAGGCCUCCAGUUCCAGCCUGCUUCACAGUCAGGGCCAGAGGUAUGGUACAGAAGGCAGUGGCAUGCUAACAUAGUGAGCAAUGCUAAAGGUCCGUCCAGCCCAAAUGAUUCAGUGAGAGCCCCUCAGAACUUGGGCUGGCCAACUCAUACUCAGCUCA